UGUUCUUCAUCAGAUAUGUGUUGUGUUGAGAUCAACUUGCGCUCUGAAUCUUCUGGCUGUGCGCGAGCCCGAAGCGCACCUGCGUCUGGAGAGUAUUUUUAAAAGCAGGAUGCGAGCACUUCUGCAACACUCUUCUAAAGCUCUUCACUUCUAUCGGGUUAUGCGCGUGGACACGUCGGGUUUUUGAGAACCGUCCAGACUGCACUCGUCUUCUGUCGGAGUUACCAGAUCUUGAACUCUCACUCGGGCGGAUAGAGAGACGGAUCUCCACCGGGAUCUCCUCGCACCGCGACUGUACCUGGAGUAUUCGAUCGACUCAAAUAGAACACAGAGGAGAGUCCUGUGGAGUCUGUCCUUCUUUCACCCAGCGAGAGACUCUGUUUAAACUCACAUUAGCACAUCUUCCGUAACUCUGACCAGCAUCAUGUGGGACACUAACAGGUUAUGAGUGCACUUACAGCUUGGUGAUCCACAGAUAAGCCAAUGAGAGGAUGGCCAGAGGUCACAUGAUCUACAGAAGCGCCUACCAGCUGAUUCUUCUGAGCGUGCUCCAGCUGGCACAUGCGGAAACUCCUCCUCAGUUCACUCGGACGCCCGUUGAUCAGAUAGGUGUUCAGGGGGGCGUGGCCUCCUUCGUAUGUCAAGCCACAGGAGAUCCGCAGCCUAGAAUCACAUGGAGCAGAAAAGGCAAAAAAGUCACCAACCAGAGAUUCGAGGUGAUAGAGUUUGAGGAUGGUUCAGGGUCUGUGUUGCGAGUGCAGCCGCUGCGGACCCCCCGUGAUGAGGCUGUGUAUGAAUGUGUGGCAUCUAAUGAAGCAGGAGAGAUCAGCGCCUCCACACGGCUCAGUGUUCUCCGCGAGGACCAGCUUCCCGCUGGUUUCCCGUCUAUAGAUAUGGGUCCUCAGCUGAAGGUGGUGGAGCGUUCUCGCACUGCUACCAUGCUGUGUGCAGCCAGUGGAGCACCUGACCCUGAGAUCACCUGGUUUAAAGAUUUCCUCCCCAUAGACACAUACACUCACGGGCGGAUCAAACAGCUGCGCUCAGAGUCAUUUGGGGGUACACCUAUCCGAGGUGCACUUCAGAUUGAUCAGAGUGAAGAAACUGAUCAGGGUAAAUACGAGUGUGUCGCGACCAACAGCGAAGGAACACGCUACUCGGCGCCAGCUAACCUUUACGUCAGAGAGUUAAGAGAUGUGCGUCGCAUCCCUCCUCACUUCUCAGUGCCACCGAUGGAUUAUGAGAUCAUGCCGGGAGGAAGUGUGAAUAUCUCCUGUCAGGCAGUGGGCGUCCCUAUGCCAUAUGUCAAGUGGAUGCUGGGAUCAGAGGAUUUGACUCCAGAAGAUGACAUGCCUAUUGGGCGGAAUGUUUUAGAGCUCACAGAUGUAAGCCAGUCUGUCAACUACACGUGUGUGGCCAUGUCGACUCUCGGAGUUAUUGAAACCAUUGCUCAGAUCACAGUUAAAGCCCUUCCCAAUCCUCCAGGAGCUCCAGUUGUCAUGGAGCGAUCUGCCACCAGCAUUACUCUAAUGUGGGACAGUGGAAAUCCACUUCCUGUCUCAUAUUACAUCAUCCAGUAUCGUCCCGCCUCCUCCACCGACCCCUUUAAAGAAAUUGAUGCCAUAGCAACAACUCGUUACAGCGUGGGUGGACUCAGCCCCUACUCACACUACCAUAUCCGGGUCAUGGCGGUGAAUUCGAUUGGCCGCGGCCCACCGAGUCAGACCGUGGAGGCUCGCACGGCCGAACAGGCGCCUAGUUCCCCUCCUCGUCGCGUCAGAGGUCGGAUGCUGAGUGGUUCCACGGCGAUGGUGCAGUGGGAGGAGCCAGAGGAAGCCAACGGUCAGGUGGUUGGUUACAGGGUGUAUUACACAUCAGAUUCAUCGCUGCUUGUGAACCAAUGGGAGAAGGAAAUGGUUCGAGGGGCCAAUUUUUUGAACAUACGAGACCUGACACCAAACAAAACCUAUUAUAUUAGAGUUCUCGCCUUCACCGCAGUGGGAGAUGGACCUCUUUCCAGCGACCUGCACAUCAUUGCCAGGACAGGAGUCCCAUCCCAGCCCACAGAGCUGAAGGCAGAGGUGAAAUCAGAGACUAGCAUUCUUCUGUCGUGGAUCCCUCCUGCUCACAGCGGCACAGAUGCCAUCACUGGCUAUGAGCUCAUUUACAGGCUUGGAGACCAGCCAGAGCAGAAAAUAUCAUUUGAUCCCAGCUCUAGUUAUCUGCUGAAGAAUCUGAAGCCGUUUUCUACUUACAUAUUUCAACUAGCAGCGCGCAGUAAACACGGCCUAGGAGCGUUCACCAGUGAAAUCACAGUUCAGACUCCACAAACACUGUUUGCCGUGAACUUCAGAGUGAAAGCUGCUAUGAAGACUUCAGUGCUGCUGAGCUGGGAGUCGCGGACCACCAGUAAUAAAGCACUGUCUCUCGUUAUCUCAUAUGGUGAUGGUGAGAGUGUGGAGGUGGAUGGGCGGCUCGGGCAGAAGUUGGUGACUAAGCUGAAGCCCCAGUCUCUCUACACCUUCCUGUUGACCAGUAAAGCUGAUGGCACUGGAGGCCUGGAGCACCGCGCAGAAGCCAUGACGGCUCCAAACCUGCUGACCGGGAAACCCCAGCUGCUGGACAAGACCAGCUCUCAGAGCAUCGCUACCCUGCAGCUGCCCACUGUCCAGGGACAGGCUAAUGUCAGGGGUUACUACAUUGUGGUUGUCCCUUUGAAGAGGCAGAGAGGAGGAAACUUCCAGAAUUUAUGGAGUGAUCCAGAUGAGAUGAACAUUGAUGAGCUGCUGAGGGAGAUUAAUGGCACCGGUCACUCUGUGCGUCUACGGAGGCAGGCGGAGGCAAAACCGUACAUCAGCGCUCAUUUCCAGAAUCUCCCAUCUGAAUUCAAACUGGGAGACGGACGUGUGUAUGGAGCAUUCAUGAACCGACCUCUUGUAAACGGACAGGAGUGUGUGUGUUUCGUGCUGGCUAUUCUUGAGCUGGGCCAGAACACCUUGUACUCCACGAGUCCAUUCUCUGAUGUCGUGCUGUUCUCCGAUGUUGAGCCGCAGCCAAUCGUAGACGAGGAGGAGGGGCUUCUGUGGGUGGUGGGGCCCGUGCUGGCCGUCAUCUUCAUCAUUAGCAUCGUCAUCCUCAUCCUCCUCUUUAAAAGCAAACCAGACAGGAAGCGGGCAGAGCUGGAGGGCAGGAAGUGCAGCUUUCCCAGCAGCAGUAAAGCCAUGAGUUCCCAGCAUCCAUCUGACCCAGUGGAGCUGCGUAGAAUCAACUUCCCAACGGCUGGUUUGCGUGCAUCUAUCAUCGGUUAUCGACGGUUAUCAAGCAUGACCAGCCACCCUCCAGUGUCCGUCUCAGAACUGCCAGCUCAUGUAGAGAGGAUGAAAGCCAAUGACAGCCUGAGGUUCUCUCAAGAGUAUGAGUCUAUUGAUCCCGGGCAGCAGUUCUCAUGGGAACAUUCUAACCUUGAGAUUAACAAGCCAAAGAACAGAUAUGCCAACGUCAUCGCCUACGACCACACCAGAGUAGCUCUCUCCAACAAUGAUGGUGUUCCUGGAGGGGACUACAUCAACGCCAACUUCAUAGAUGGCUAUCGCCGACAGGGCGCAUACAUCGCCACCCAGGGCCCCAUGCCAGACACGUUUAGUGACUUCUGGAGGUUGGUGUGGGAACAACACACGGCAAAUAUCAUCAUGAUCACCAAACUUGAGGAGAAAUCCAGGAAUAAAUGUGAUCAGUACUGGCCCAGCAGAGGCACAGAGACAUACGGACUGAUGCAAGUCACUUUACUGGACACGGUGGAGCUCGCAACCUACUGCGUCAGGACUUUUGCUCUUAUUAAGAGUGGGAGUGGCGAGAAAAGGGAGGUUCGUCAGUUCCAGUUUACAGCGUGGCCAGAUCAAGGGGUACCUGAACACCCCACUCUCUUCCUGGGCUUCCUCAGACGGGUCAAAGCCUGCAACCCCCCAGACGCCGGACCCAUUGUGGUCCACUGCAGUGCUGGUGUGGGCCGAACGGGCUGCUUCAUUGUGAUUGAUGCCAUGUUGGAGCGUGUGAAGCAGGAGAAGACGAUAGAUGUUUAUGGUCACGUGACUCUGAUGCGAUCUCAGCGAAACUACAUGGUGCAGACAGAGGAGCAGUACGUCUUUAUUUAUGAAGCUCUGCUGGAGGCCGUGUACUGCGGCAACACCGAGGUUCCUGCACGGACCCUUUACGCUUACAUCCAGAGACUGUCACAGACAGAACCGCCGGAGCACAUCAGCGGAAUGGAGCAGGAGUUUAAACGGUUAGCUAAUGCCAAAGCUCAUAACUCCCGAUUCGUCAAUGCCAGCCUUCCGUGCAAUAAGUUCAAAAACCGAUUGGUCAAUAUCAUGCCAUAUGAGACCACACGUGUGUGUCUGCAACCAAUCAGAGGAGUGGAGGGCUCAGACUAUGUCAAUGGCAGUUUUAUAGAUGGCUACAGGCAGCAGCGGGCGUAUAUUGCGACUCAGGGGCCGCUGGCUGAGACAGUUGAAGAUUACUGGAGGAUGCUUUGGGAACACAAUUCUACCAUAGUGGUCAUGCUUACUAAACUCAGAGAAAUGGGAAGGGAGAAAUGUCAUCAGUACUGGCCAUCGGACAGGUCAGCACGCUAUCAGUACUUCGUGGUGGAUCCCAUGGCUGAGUACAACAUGCCUCAGUAUAUACUGCGAGAGUUUAAAGUCACAGACGCAAGGGACGGUCAGUCUAGAACAGUCCGGCAGUUUCAGUUCACGGAUUGGCCAGAGCAGGGCGUGCCAAAAUCUGGUGAAGGCUUCAUCGAUUUCAUCGGUCAAGUGCACAAAACAAAAGAGCAGUUUGGUCAGGACGGGCCCAUCACAGUACACUGCAGCGCUGGUGUUGGGAGGACAGGUGUAUUUAUCACUCUGAGUAUAGUUCUGGAGAGGAUGCGUUAUGAAGGAGUGGUAGACAUCUUCCAGACUGUCAAAAUGUUGCGUACUCAAAGACCAGCCAUGGUGCAGACGGAGGAGCAGUACCAGUUCUGCUAUCGAGCAGCGCUGGAAUACCUGGGCAGUUUUGAUCACUAUGCAACAUAAAACCUUCCUCUGGACCGAGGGCCACAUCAUCACACACGGAGACCUGCAUCUGAUCAGUGUGACAGUCUCUUUCUGUUGCUCACAGCUCAAGAGUCUGUUUGAUUUCUCUCGACAGCACACAGUUUAACAGCCAGACAGAGAGGGAGGGCAGCUGGGAUACAGAACUGUCACAACAAAUUGUAGCUCCAUUCAUAUAGCUGAAAGUUGUCGAGUCAUAUUUGGGGUGGAUUCAAACUCUGGCAACCAGCCAACAGAACCAAUGAGAUCGCGUGUGCUGUCUGGACCGAUUCGACAGACCAAUGAGAUGCCAAAAGCAAGGGAGGAGACAACAGUCAAACUAUUUAACGGUACUUUUACAUCUCAGAAUUCAUUCAACACCAGACAACCCCCCGGCCCCGGUUCAUUGAGGAAUGCAGUCCAGGUUUAAAGUUUCCACUGUUUUUGUCACCAGUUUGUGGAUAGUAGAUCCACAGACUCACUUAAAAUGAAAUUCUGCCACAGCCGAAGUAUUGGUGCUUAUGCUAGUAUGCUGUUCGUUUAUCUGUAGCACACACACUUAGAUAUAUACGUGCAUAUCUAUCACAGAUGAACAAGCUGAACAUGGAGAUUUGUUUAAAAACAAAUGUGCAAUAUUAAAGUGAACCACACCUUCAAGGUUAAAUCCACUCAAGUAUUAGAGAUAUUCUCACUGUAAUUAUAUCGUCUCAUUAUUCCUAUAUGAUAUCAAGUAUAAAACAAAAUGUUAUUAUGCAUAUU